AUGGAGUCUUCCAAGGAUUUUUCGGCAGCAACAACAGCGCGAUUUCCUGCGGCUCUCCAAGCUGGAAGCGCCACUACUACGACUAUUUUGGCCUAUGGCGCCCUGCUGAGUGAGGCUUCCAGUCGACUGACAUUUCCCCAUUUGACGAAUUUUCGGUAUGUUCGGAUUCGAGGGUACCGCCGAGUCUUUGCCCAACCCCACCUCUUUCUGCUGCAACAAGGACUCAUCGGACGUCCAGGCGACACCACAUUGAGAUUGGCCAGUCUGUCGGCAGAACCUUGUCCCAAAAAACCAGAGUCGUCCUUUGUAGUGGCAGCCUUUGACGUACAGUUGGACGACGAGCAACGGGCCGCCUUUGUUCAACGAGAAGCAUCCUAUGACAUUGUCGCGGUUCCCUAUUUUCCAUUGGAACCACUACGACCAGUGAAAGUGGAGAAGGAGAAGGAGGAGGAAGAGCAUCCAGCGCCCGACGGAAUGGGCGUGAUUUGUUUGGCGUCGGCGGAUGACCGUCAGCCUCCCCAGGUUUUGGCACAGUUGGCAAAGGAUCAUGCGAAUCUCGCCUUUCCCGGUACCAUUUGGCAUUGGCCUCAUGAUUCUGGUUUGUUGCCCGCCAACAUUUACUUGCGACAUUGUUUGUUGGCAGUGGAAAAAGCAGCCGACGCCUCUGUGGACUCUUUGGUUGUAGAAGGAGCCAGGGUUGCCCGGGACUCCUUCUGGCAUGAUACGUAUCUGGCCGAUCGAACUACAACCCUGGCCGAAUAUCUGAGUGACUCGACCAUCUAUCAAGAGGUGAUGGAAAGUCGACCUCCACCCCAUUUGGCCACGCGCUUUGGUGGAUGA